AUGACAGGUGAACUUGUUGAUGCGGCUUUGGGAGCUGAGGAAAUGGUGGAAACUCUAACUGAGCGGAAUCUGGAUCUGGAGGAGAAAGUGCGGGAGCUACGAGAGACCGUCAGUGAUCUGGAAGCCAUAAAUGAAAUGAACGACGAGUUGCAGGAGAAUGCCCGGGAAACGGAGCUGGAAUUAAGGGAACAGCUGGAUUUGGGAGCUGCUCGAAUCCGGGAAGCAGAGAAGCGAGUAGAAGCUGCUCAGGAGACAGUAGCUGAUUAUCAACAAACAAUCAAAAAGUACCGUGAACUUACCUCCCAUCUCCAGGCUAUUGAGAUGGAACUGCGUAAGAUGGAGGUACAACAGGCGAACAGACACGUCUCCUUACUCACUUCCUUCAUGCCUGAUUCCUUCCUGCGCCAUGGCGGAGACCACGAUUCCAUUUUAGUCCUUCUCUUGAUCCCACGCCUCAUCUGCAAGGCGGAGCUGAUUAGCAAACAUGCUCAGGAGAAGUUUGAGCUGAAUGAGGAUUACAGCGAGCGUCAAGGCCUGAGGGGUGCAUUGGGUGAACAGAUGAGCUUUGGUGCUGGUCUGGUGUAUUCACUUACUCUGCUGCAGGCCACACUGCACAAAUACGAACAGGCUCUAGGACAGUGCAGUGUGGAUGUCUAUAAGAAGAUUGGAGGCCUUUACCCUGAGAUGAGCGUACAUGAGCGAUCACUGGAUUUCCUCAUCGAACUCCUUCACAAAGAUCAGUUGGACGAGACCGUCAAUGUGGAGCCUCUCACCAAGGCCAUUAAAUACUAUCAGAUUGCCAUCUUUGAGCAGGGUAAAGAAGAUUUGCUUUGGCAGUUAGAACUCGGGCAUCCUAAGCAAGCAGACAACCCCACAGAGUUGGUUUUGGAUGAUCAUGGCUUCAAUGUUGGUGUUAUUGGCUGUUUCAAGGAUGCUGAUGGCCUGUACUGUCUGCCCAUAUGCUCUGAUCACUGUCUAUAUGCCUUUCUGCAGGCUGGACACGAAGCCACUGAUAUAGCCAUUCUCCUCAAGGAUCUUGGUACGUCCUGUAGUGAUAUCCGACAGUUCUGUAAGAAGGUGCGGAGAAGAAUGCCUGGCACAGACGCUCCUGGAAUUCCAUCGGCACUUUCCUUCAGUUCACAGGUAUCUGAAACGCUGCUGGAUUGCAGAAAGCACCUGAGCCGAGUCGUGGCGGUGCUGCAAGAGAUGGCAGCUGCGGGAAUCCAGCUCGUUGCCUCGUUACCCGAGAACGAGGGGCUGCUGCCUCGCAAACUGGAGGAAAUGGCCAGGACAGCCACAGAGCAGCCUCUGCGUCAAAUGCUGGAAAGUGGGAUUACUGUAGAUUUGUUGGUGCAGAGUUGA